CCUGAGAUGUGUGAGAAUGACCCUGCUGCUUUCCGCCCUGGCGCUCGGAGCCAUCUUCGGGAGCAUAACGCCGCUGCACCUGGACAAGGAAUGCGUCGCCAAGCGGGAAUGGAGGGCGGACUGGGACUGGUCCGACACAUCCAUCAACGUCUGGGUCCCUAAGGACUCAACUGAACUGCUGAACAUCAGACUGGGGCUCAACGAGCUGCACCACGCUGACAUAACCUUCACACGUUCAUCCAUCGUCGCUUCUGUCAGCAAGGACCUCGCCACAGACGAAAGGGGUAGGAGUGAGGACUGCCCACUCGAGGCAGGCUGGCGGAGGGUGAGACUCAGCCUGAAGGCCGACUAUGAGCUGCACUUGGGCGACUGCAACGGCACCUCCCCCGUCUCUUUCCCCGGAGACCUUCUGCCGGAGCUCCCGACGUGGGUGGAGGUGACGGGCAGCAACAUCACCGUCAACUGCGAGAUGGAUCUGCUGGCGUGGAGAGUGUCUCGAACCGCCGUGGCGGUUCCCCUCGACCACUCGGAGUGGCACCGAAUAAGCGUCUACUCUGUCCACGAGAUCUUGCCGAGGUUCAUACUGGAGAACCACAAGGUCGAAUUGGGCCUUGGCAGUAGUGGUCUGUCGACCCUGGAUUUCCAGCGGGCACUUCCGGCAUUCGUCCUGCACAAUCUUUCUCUGGCGUGUACAUUAAAUUCAAAUUAUUCUUCGUGUGCUUUCACGCUGGGAGACUCGCCAGAGCCUGAGAGGAAAGUAACCUUGGACAAACCGCCUCGACACCUAUUGGUUCAGAGUCCUUAUAUGGAAAGUGGCUUCUACAUCUUUCUUCACCAAGACAAAAGCAGCAGAAACAUCGAUGUCAUUCGUAGUGGUGGUAGGUUUCCACUGCAUUUCAUACCCUUUAACUAAUAGUUAGCAAAGCAAAAAUAAAUCGUUUCUUCAGGUGUAAAAAUAGCUUAUAGGCAAUGAUUGUACAGUCUUCUUUAUUCUUUGUCUUUCGAAGAUAUGCUUUAAUACGUACCGAGCAUUCAGAUGGACCUUGUCCAUUUUCCUGAAGUUUAGGUUUGAUGUAUUACGUACUGACGCAAAACCUCUUCAUAGAGAACUUAAAUAAUUCGAACCAGUGGAGCGUCUCGGGCUUCUGAGGUUCACAAAUAUCAGCGCGAUUCACCACCAUGCACUGAACUCGAUAAACGCCGAACAGUCUCAGGAAAAGGAAAAUGGUAACUCACUCCGAAUUCUAGAGUACUCCGAUCCAAAGUCUUUUUAAAAGAAAAAAAAAAAUGGUGUAACUCAAAAAAUAAAAAAAUAUUAUAUAUUAGUUUUAAGACACCAUACAGUUACACAUCAGUAGUGUCAGCUGAUUAUAACGGAAAAGAAAUGGCCGGUCAGUUACUAUUAUUUUCUUUCAUGAGAUAGUGGAAUUAAUAGAGAAUAGAUACAAUUCUCAAUAUCUGUAUUUUAACACAUGGAUAUUCUGAAUGAAGAUAGUUACUCUAUCACUGAUUUUACAAUAACGGAUAUAACCGAUGUAUGGUAGAAUUGAGCCUGAUUAAAACAAAAGCGAGAGUA